AUGGUAUGGAGAAGCAUUCUUAGAGGCCAUGUUAGAAUCACCACGACAGUCGGAGGCCAAGUGAUUGACAAGGAAGUUGAAAACUACACUGAUGAGGAGUUUGAGAAAAUUGAGGAGCAAGAAAGGGCAUUAGCUACCUUAACUAUGGCAUUAUCUCCCGACAUCCCUCAAGGUUUUCGUGAGUACACUUCAACUAAAGAUCUAUGGGAAGUCCUAAUUGAAGUUUAUGAGGGAAAUGUGGAUAUGAAGGAGAGUCGCCAGGACAUGUUGAGACAAAAGUUCAACAUGUUCAACUACAUUCUAGGAGAGUCUCUUGAGGCUCAAUUACAGAGGUUCACAACUCUCACAACGGACAUGAACAUAUCUGGGAUUUACUUGACCAAGUCAGAAAUCAACAAGAUGCUUCUCAACGCUCUUCCCAGAUCAUGGGAUAUGUAUGUUGUUGUGAUUAAGAAGACUAAGGAUCUAAACCGCCUCACUCUUGCUGAAACCAUGGCAAUCAUCAAAGCUUGUGAUAUUGAUGAUAAAUAG